AUCGAACGGUUGAAAAUAGCUUUAACCAUUCUCCUCAAGCUACAGCCAAUAACUAAACUACCGGCCGCCACUGCUUCUUUCUCGUAUAAGUUGCGGGUUGUGUCUUCCGGACAAGCAUUGGUUGAGAUCGAAGAUGGAGUGUGAUCGGAGAGUUGGGGUGGCGGUGGACUUUUCUCCUUGCAGCAAGAAAGCGCUGAAAUGGGCUGUGGACAACGUCGUACGGGACGGGGAUCACCUUAUCCUCCUCAACGUACGCCCCGAAGGGAACUACGAGGAUGGCGAGAUACAGCUUUGGGCAGCCACGGGUUCCCCCUUAAUCCCUCUAAGGGAGUUAUCUGAUCCUAUUAUUAUGAAGAGGUAUGGAGUGAAGCCUGACCCCGAGACCCUAGACAUUUUGAACACUGCCGCUGGGCAAAAACAGAUUAUGGUGAUCCUGAAGAUUUACUGGGGAGAUCCUCGUGAGAAGCUAUGUGAAGCAAUUGAUAAAAUUCCUCUGAGCUGCCUUAUUAUCGGGAACAGAGGGCUGGGCAAGAUUAAAAGGGCUAUAUUAGGCAGUGUCAGCAACUAUGUUGUGAAUAAUGGUUCCUGUCCUGUUACUGUGGUGAAGAUUGCGGAGCAUUGAACACUAGUUCCAUAUACCUGUAUGUGCUCUGGGAAUAAGUGCAAAACUCUUUGCCAGCUGACUCCUACUUCACUUGGUAGCUGUGAAAAUUUUUCUCUUUGUCAAUGAUGGGUUGCUUUCCCUGUAUUUUAUGACAAACAAACUAUUAUACAACACUUCUGGUAAUGCAAAAUAAGCACUUUUUAGUUAACUUUUUGGAUGUGAUUUUGUUGGUAUUGGUAAGACGAUCAAAGCAAGUUUUGCUUUGAAAUGAAACAA